AACAAGCAUAAAAGGUCCUCCCAAGUGAGACUUGUCAUGACACUGCUGCCUCUCACAUUCACCAUGCUGAAGAUUGUACUGAUUGCGUCCGUUGUGUACCUGGCCCAGGCCCAGACCCACACUCACCAUGCUCACGUGACCCAUGCGUCUCACGCGCCCCACACCCACCCGACUCACACCCAUGGGACGCCGCCCCCUCAUGGGAACUUUGCCUUCUCCUACGACAAAGCUACUGGCGAGUUGGUGAUGAUAUCCAAAACUCACUGCUACCUGUGGGCACUGUCCGACGCCCAGAAGAUGGACAUUCACGACCCUGCUAAGGUGGAGGCAAUUGAGUUUCAACUUGUUGCUCUUGCGUCCGACACCACGAAGCAGACAGUUCUGACAGGAACACACAGCCAAGACCAUUUGCUCGCUACACAUUGUUGGAACAAGAUAAUGGUUCAAGUUGCAGCAUAAUGCAUGAACUACAUGUUGUCUGUAUAUUUUACAACAAUAAAACAAUUGUUUCUUUAAA